CCGCAUAUCAAAAAGGAAUCGCCUGCGCUGGGGAUAAGCACAUUUGCGUCCAUGUGGCCAUUGCAGGGGAUGAGUGCGAUCGCCGAAACUUUUUCCCUCUUAAAAUCAGGUUCACGAUCACUUCAGCGACAAUUAACGGGAAUUUACGAUGACGCCGAAACUCACAUGCUGGAGGAAUAUUCUGGGGGAAAAUGCACACGUCCGGUGAAUGUAAUUAGUCUCUAAUUGCAUAUUCUCGAGUUGGUGCAAUCUACACGUGAGUUGGGAGCAGCUCUUUGGCGUCGGCGCGUGCGCUCUGGUUACACAUAAACUGGUUGCAAAGUGGUAGGUAGAGGAAACUGGUUAUCAUUUGAAAGUGCAUCGCUGCUCGAUGAACAUCUUCUGCUCGGGUCCUCUCCUCUAUCCGUCGCUGCUCUCGGAAUUAAGGCGUACCCGGCAGAAAGUUAUGGAUGAGAGAAUAGCACGUCUCCAAGACAGCCAGUUGCUGGAGCAUGCGGAUUUCCUCGGGGUAGAUUACUCGUCCAUCUACAUGUGCAAGUCGAAAAGAGGAAUGAAAAGAGAAGAAAACAAGGAAGCCUACAAGUUGCCACACAGGCUGAUAGAGAAAAAACGGCGAGACAGGAUUAACGAAUGUAUCGGACAGCUUAAAGAUCUGCUGCCGGAACAUUUGAAAUUGACGACUCUUGGGCAUUUGGAAAAGGCUGUUGUUCUGGAGUUAACUUUAAAACACUUAAAUGCGUUGACGACUGUCACUGAGCAGCAGCAUCAGAAGAUCAUUGCAUUGCAGAGCGGAGACAGAUCGAUGAAGUCCUCCGUGCAGAGUGAUUUGGAUGCCUUCCACUCGGGUUUUCAGAUGUGUGCCCGGGAAGUCCUGCAGUACUUAAGCCGCAUCGAGAGCUGGACUGCGAGGGAGCAGCGAAGCGCGCAGCUCAUCAGCCAUUUGCACAAAGUUUCCGCGCAGUUUCUACCCGGCUCUCCGCUCGUAUCGCACCAGCUGGCCAGCAGCAAAGGCGCCGACAUAACAAGGGAGCACGGCUGUCAAAAGCUGGAGGCCCAGGCGAACUGCGUCCCAGUCAUUCAGCGAGCGCAUAAUGGAGAAUUAAAUGAAAACGACACGGACACGGACAGCGGAUACGGCGGAGAGGCGGAGAAAUACGACGGGAAAAGCGACCAAGAGUGCGCUGCUGGAAAGGCGCAGGCACCGAAAGCAGUAAGAAUUAAACGGGAAUUUGGGGAAGGUCCACCCGCUAAGAAAAUGAAAAUGGAUCCGACGGGCACCGCAAUGGCUAAACCAGACCCGACCAACAGAUCAGACGUGGCUCUUUUAAACUCCUUAAUGGGACUUGGUGGCGCACCGUUCGGACAGCAGGCACCUUUCUGCAUGCCCUUCUACUUUAUUAACCCAUCUGCGGCCGCGUCUUACAUGCCCGUCUUCGAUAAAUCUAAUUUAGAUAAAUAUUUCUUCCCAGCCGCGGCGGCCAUGGCUAACCCCUUCCCGCUGCUCUACUCCGGACUGCCGGCGCACGCCGCGGCGGCCGCCGCCAGUGUUUUCCCCGGCUUAUCGUCGGCUCUGCUGCCGGAUAAAAGCUGCAGAUCUGCCGUACUCCCCCAGGACACCGAGACCCCAUCUGCGGUUGACGCGUUAAAGCGAGCAGUGAUGUGUUCGCCCGUAGAAAACGAACAAAGUUUGGAUAAUGAAUCACUGGACGAGUCCUUGAGGACGGAGAAUGACGGAACUUAACUUCUCCUUCGAAUUAUAUUUUCCAUGUCAAAAAUGCAGCGGUUAUUACAAAAUGUCUUGUCAUCGCUGCAUUUUUCUUUAAACGUUUUUCCUUGGCUGAGAUUUCCUUUGAACUUUUUACUUUUAGAAUUUCAGGUCAACUACUUCGUAGUAAGGCAUUUAUUUUUGAAUUCAUUCCGAAUUCAGUAGGUUUAUAUUACAGAUGUUUUGUAGAGGCAGUUUUCUGUUCGCCUAUUGCAUCGGCUAGGUUUAGCGUUCCCUGUAGUCUGUGAUUUGUUUUAAUGAAUGCAAUUACGGGAUAAUUCAUUUUAAUUAAGAAGGAGCGCUUGCCCACGUGCCUCGCACCUCGGCACAAUGAAUGAGGUCACGUGGACGGUAUCUGACAACCCAUAAAACGUACGCUGGCACCUUAGAGGAUUUCUGAUGUUGAAUGUAAUUUUUUUUUUUUUUUGGAAUAUGGAAAUAUAUAUUUGAAAAGCUAUUUGUUAGAAAGUGCACUUGUUAACACAUUCCAGUUUACCACAGAACCCGCCCCCUUUGUAUAGUUGGUCAUUGUACUUUAAUCUGAAUAUAUUUUUUCCCCAAAUGAAUACAACCAGGAUUAACUAGCUAGACAUUACAGAUGUAUGUGCCUGUGUGGAUGUCUAAGGACAUUAUACUCGCAACACUAUUGCCUCAUUAAUGUAGCCGCACUCUCAAUCAUCCGGUGUCCAGGUUGUCUCUCAAAUUGUGGAUUUAUAAUACAUCGGUGGCAGAGCUCAGCGGUACUGUACCCGAAACUGGGAGGUAUGGAAAGACGAUAGCUGUCUCAGUAUAAAACGCCAUGGAUCACCUAGUAUUGACAACUUUAUCCUAAAGUAACUGCUUGUUCUUUGUUCAUUGUAGCUCGUUCUAUCAAAUUAAUGACCGCAGUAUUGUUACGAAUCGCAUAUGGAUUAUACAGAAAAUAUUUCGUGGAUGAGAUUAUAGUCCUCACACUUAAAUUAGUCAUAACCUAACCCAGUCACGCAUUUUAUUCUCGUUAAAAAUCUGUCAUGAGUAUCAACACACCCAGACGCACGCGUGCACGCCUGAUGCCAUGUUAAAUGACGGGAGGGACUUUGCGUUAUUGCAGCCUUCCUCGUAGUUUAAUUACCCCCCUCCCGUUGAAAUAUACUGACUUUUUGGCCGUCUGCACAGUUCCCCUCAGUGAGGUUUUUCACAAAAGCCGCCGUUAACAAGCUAUAGCACUGUGAGUGAAUUUAGCAGGAUGUUAAGGCAGGGGUGAUCUAUGAAAUAUAGUAUAUUAUAUAAUUGUUUAUUUUUAUAUGUAGUUCCGCUAUUAGCUGUUGCUUCAAAAAGCUGCAAUUGAUUGUCCAGUUGCUUGAAACAGUGGCUUGUUUGUGUAAAUAGUUGUGAAUAUGCAAUGAAAAUAUGCGUUAAAUAUUGAUGUAGAUUAAAUUUAAUGAUUUUUAAAGAUUUAACUAAUCAAUUAGUGCACCUUUUUGUCAGUGCUGUAGAUAUAUGCUGCUCUAAAUUAUUUUAACAAGUGGUAUAAAAUAAAUCUGAAAAUGGAAA